CAUCUGCCCCCCACUAACACUGCCCGUCAGCCAGGCUGGUCACAAGCCUGUUACCCUGCAGGACAGUCAGCAGCGCCGGGAUCCUCAGCGCCCCCUGACAGGAUGGGCCUCCUGCUACUGCUCACCUCCUCUCUCCUGUCCAGCUACUUCCAAACUGGGAGAGUGGUGAACGCACAGAGAUUAUUCACGAUACGAGAGAUCACCCUGUCCAUCGAACCCAGCCCUGAUGUAACCCGGGACACUAAUGUGACUCUGAGAUGUCAUGCCAUGGUCAGCAGCUCGGGUCAGGAGCCUCUGAGUCGAGAGUACACCAUAUCCAAGGAUGGAAACACAGUCUACACCAAAACCUCCAGCAGCUCUGAGGAUCUUCUAUACCCUCUGCCACAGGCCAGAGUCUCCAACAGCGGCAAAUAUAAGUGCCAGAUCAACAUUGAGGGCAAACAGCUCACCAGCAGUGCCAAGAAACUCACAGUAACAGGCCUUUCCCAGCCUAUUCUCCGGCUCAAAAACGGCGUGGUCAAUGAAGGAGAGGAGAUAAAGGCCACGUGUGAGGCACCUGGUGAGACCGGCUCUCUUUUCUUCUUCUUCUACGAGGGCUCUAAAGAGAUCACGGAGAUGCAGGUCAGCUCUGCCCAGGCAGAGGCCAAAUUUCGCCUCAGCAGUGCAGGCUUCCACAAAAUCCACUGUGAUUACACCGUCCUCGUGACACCAGACUCCUUCAAGUCUGAGAGGAGCAACACUGUCACAGUUUCAGUAAAAGAGCUCUCCAUCACACCAGUUUUGGAGAUUUUCCCUCUGUACAAAAUCUACGAAGGAGACCUACUUACAAUCUCAUGCACAAUCACAGACUCCCGGUACAACCAUGACACAUUUCACCUGUACCUGAGUCAGGGAACCAAUCUUCUUAGCAAUGGAGACUCCAAAGUCAACCACAGUAUGAUCGCACUGGCAAAGGAUCCUGGGGAGUUUGAGUGCAGAUUAGAAAUGGGAAUUGUGGUAAAAGUAGACACAAAAACCGUCACUGUGACUGAGCUGUUUUCAGUGCCCACUCUCACCAUGUCUCCUGCUGAAGUCUUUCAAAAGGAAUACAUGACACUGACCUGCAGGAGUGAAAUGUUUGCUUCUGAGAGACUUAGCAAAGAGGAGCUGACUUACACUCUUGACCCACCUGACAGCCACCUAAUCCAAAAGGGCACUGGAGUGUUUUCAGGCAGGACCCUGUCCAAUGAUUUCAACUAUACCUGUAAGGCUCAAGCAAAGGGCAUUGUGAAACACAGUAAAACCCUUACUGUACGUCCAAAAGUUUCUGUCUCCACUCCAAGGAUCUCGGUAGUUGGCAGAGCAGUCGUAGAUCAGUCUAUCAAGAUCCUCUGUCAGUCGGACGCUGGCAGCCUGCCCAUAAACUACACCCUGCUGAGGGAUUUCACUGAACUGAGCACAGUCAGCGUCAAGCUUCCAUUUCAACAAGCUGUAUUCACCGUCAGGAUCUCAAGCCCUGCUGAAAUAAGCAAGUUCAUGUGUGAGGCAAAGAACAGUCAAAGGGAAGCCCCCCUCAGUAAAAGACUCAACGCUACUGUCAUAGUGCCUCUGACACACCCAACUUUGACCGUUAUCCCCAACGUAGCAGAGAUCUCAGAGGGAGAUCAUCUCUUCCUCAUAUGUGGGGUUGAUGGCACACCACCGGUCACCUUUAAGUGGUAUCAAGUUGGCAAUGAACUGCCCCUGUACACCACAACCGCUAACCUGAACCACUCAAACUACCAGGUACCCUUGUUGUCCAAAGAGCACAGCGGCACCUAUCACUGUGAGGCUAUCAACUAUGCCAACAAUGUGGUUCGCAGUGACCCGGUCGUCAUAGAGGUGCGCAUGGCGUUGUGGAAGAAAGUGUUGAUCGGGGGGUUCUGUCUGCUGGCGGGGGUGGUGCUGGUGGUGGUGUUGGUGCUGUGCUUCAAAUCCAAGAGAGGUAAAAGAGAAGCAGCUUCUGAGUUGUCAGUAAAGCCUUCGAGCCCUAAAUCAGAUGACUCUUUAACAGUGAAUCUAACCCACGACACAGAGGUUUAUAACGCAGACACAGUGAAGGUUGACAAAGCAGAAGUCAGUGUGUGGAGCAGGCGGCCACCUGAGUCAGAUGCUGGUGAUGAUGAGGAGAGCAGUGUGGAGACUAACGAGCCUGAUGUGGAGUACACUGAGGUGGUGCAUCCGCAGCCAGUAGAUCCUGACAGAGCCCCCCUGAGAAAAGGCACUGACACAGUGUACAGCGAGCUUCAAAACUCACCACAUGGUGCUGCCGACCAUCAUGACUAUCAGGGUUCAGUAGAGUAUGCUGAGCUCAAUAGUGAACAACCUGAGAUCAAUCACUACAGUACUGAUGUCAACAACUACCAUGACCUUCCAGAGCCGGUGGAUUAGUGGUUCAAGUGAUAACUGCCCUCAUUUGUCUUUGCAUGUAUUUGUUUCACCUCCUUAUUCCACUUUACCACACUUUUUUUUAACAACCUACAUUUUCAGUUUCACACAGAGCCUUUGAAGUCCUGUAAAGAUUAUCUUUUUUUUUCUUGUGUGCACAAUUCAAUAUUCUUGUGGGCACUAGUUACUGACUUGUGUGCAUAGGACAAUAACUUGUUGAGGAAUGUGCACAACAUCUCUUGUUAGGCAUGCUGAACCCUGCACAAACAUUCACUUUUAGCUCCAACAUAACAUUUAAGAUAAGAGAAGGUAUACUUUAUGUCCCCCCAGUGCAAUUUGUUGUGUCCUGCAAGCACACACACAAUACAAAUCAUACAUAUUACACAUUACGUCAUAAAUAAAACAUGGCAGCAAUUCAAUGUAACAGUUAGUACAUAACAUAGAGCUAUAUUGACAUAUUUAAACAGCCUACACUACCUGUUAUUUAUAAUUUUAAUGGACAUGAGCAGAUACACAAGAAACAAACAGUAUUCACACAAUCAAAAGAGCAAAUAAUGUUUUUAAUGAUAAAUGAUCACAUGAUAAACAACUUGUGUGCACAAGAUAAAAGUUAUUAUCCCAUGGGACCUCAAGGGCUCCGUAGUUUCAUCUCAGUUUCAUACAGCUUAAUGAAUUGACUGCUAAACUGCCUGUAAAUAUUUUUGUAUCUUAAUAAAAAGGCAUGUCAAGUA